UUACAGUCGCUGCCCAGGUACGAGCCACCAGCCGCCGGUUGUAAUCAGCCAGGAGACACCGGAGCGGGGCCGGCCACCAGCUGAGGACAGCUGGGGUUCAGGACUCUGCUUUUUCCCGCCUCGUGUGCGGCUGUUUGGAUGAAUCUGCGCCGGAGCGCGCACGAUGCUGAGCGCCUUUAAAAUGGAGGGACACGACCAUCCGGACUGGAGCGGCGGCUGCGGCGGCGGCGGCGGCUACUACGGAGAGACCGAGUGUUACGCCGCGGCGGGAAACAUCAGCUCCGGUCUGUCCGUGAACUCCAUAGGCGGCUACGUGAGCGCGGCCGGCAUGGCCGGCGCCGGCCACGUGAACGCGGCCUACGUGAACCCGGUCGGGGUCAGCCACCACUCGGUGCCCGUGGGGAUGUCGCAGAGCCCCGGAGCCGGGAUUGCGCUGGCGCCCAGCCUGAGCCCCAUCAGCCCGCCGCCGUACGGAGCCGUGCCGGUGAUGAGCCCGGUGUACGGACAGGCCUGCGGCCUCCGGUCCAGGGAGCCCAAACCGCACCCGCGGAGCUACACGCACGCCAAGCCGCCGUACUCAUACAUCUCCCUGAUCACCAUGGCCAUCCAGCAGUCGGGCAGCAAGAUGCUGACGCUGAACGAGAUCUACCAGUGGAUCACGGACCUGUUCCCGUUUUACCGGCAGAACCAGCAGCGGUGGCAGAACUCCAUCCGGCACUCGCUCUCCUUCAACGACUGCUUCAUCAAGGUGCCCCGCUCACCGGACAAGCCGGGGAAAGGCUCCUUCUGGGCCCUGCACCCGGACUCGGGGAACAUGUUUGAGAACGGCUGCUACCUCCGGCGGCAGAAGCGCUUCAAGUGCGGGAAAAGGCCCGGCACCGGUGACAAGGAGGCGGCGGGGAAGCCGGGCUCUGCGAACAGCACCGGCUCCGGUUCAGACUCCCCGCACUCCUCCUCCUCCUCGCCCCCGUCCUCAGAGGCAAAGGGAGCCGGGCUCGACCUCAAACCGCACCGGGGUGAACUGUUGCCCUCCAGCCCAGUGCGCAUGCCCUCCCCGCACCUGUUCCCCCACCACCACCAUCACCACCACCCCCACCCGCUGCUGCUGCACGACGCCUCCCACCUGAAACCGGACCACUACCCCCACCCCCACCCCCACUACCCCUUCAACCACCCGUUCUCCAUCAACAACCUCAUGUCCGAGCCACAGCACCACAAACCGGAGCCGGCGCUGCAGUACGGAGCCUACGGAUGCCCGGUGUCCGCCGGGGCGCUGGUGGCGGCCAAAACCGGCCUGGAUCCAGCUCACACCGACACCAACUACUACCACGGCGUGUACGCCAGGCCCAUAGUGAACUCCACAUGAAGGAAACGGGACUUUUCUCUGGAGUAAAACCACCUCCGUCUGUGGGCGACGUCGAAAACGCGAGUAAAGGUCCCUCACGUGUUUAGUCCGAGGCCUGAAGAACUGUUCUCCCCAAACCGUCAUUCACUUGUGUGUUUAUAUGUGCAACAGAUAAAAAUCUUUAUAUGGAAACCUGAUGUUUUUCACUAGUUUUAUUUGGUUUGUCCCAGUUCUCCACAAAGGUGUAUUUG